AUGCCGCCUCAUUUGGAGUCUGAUGAUGUGGAUGAUAUCAAGACAGGGACAUAUGUCUACUGGAUGAAGGCAAACGAGGAUGUGGCCGAAAGGGGUGAACUUGGUGAAGUGGUUCGGGUUGAUGACAACGGCAGGAGGAAGGUAAGUUUCCCCAAGGGCAACUUCAGCAUAGAGGCUCGUCAGCUGAAUGUCUCCGACUUCCAGAAAGGAACAUUUGUGCACAUGACAGAUGAAGACACCGAUUUGAUUGGUGAGAUCAAGGAGUUGGACAAUGGAAAGUUGCAGGUUGAUUUUGAAGGCAAGCAAAAGAUGCUUGGCAUUGAGAUGUCGUGCUUAUUCGUGCUGGAUGCUGCAGGACUGACUAUUCGAAUCUAUUCGAACUACUCCCAUCUGGUCUCCAAAGGAUAG